CAGGGAGGGGUCUGCGGUUGCCCCGCCCCCUGCGCCCCGCCCAGCCUAGCCCGUGUGGUCCCCAGUGGAGUCGCGCAGCGCCGAGCACGCCCCUCAUCCCCAACCCAGAGGAACCUAGGAGGUCCUGAGACUCCCACACACUCCUAACCCCCCUUGCCAUGCACACGGGGGAAGGCGGCUUCCAUCCCCCCUCACCCAGUCCCUGGACCCCGGCCCCCCGGGAGCUGCAGGUGACGGUGCGGGGCCCCAGCACCCAAAUAGACCAGUGCCCUGGGCUGGGCUGGAGGCCCAGGAAGACGCUGGUGGCCCUGGACAUUGCAUGUCUACUCAUGGCGGCUGUCCCCUUCCUGCUGUGCGAGCUGGGGCUGGUGCCCCCCGUACGCCGCGGCUUCUACUGCAACGACAGCUCCAUCCGGUACCCACUGACGGCAGCCGAGACUGUGAGCGACGGUGCCCUUGUCUCCAUCGGCCUCCUUCUCUCCGCCACCACCAUUGCCCUGGGUGAGAGCUACCGGGUGCGGCGCCAGGGCCUCGGCCCCCAGGCCUAUGCACCGGCACUGUACAAAGAGCUUGGCGCCUUCCUCUUUGGCUGCACCGUGGGCCAGUCCCUGACCAACGUAGCCAAGGUGGCUGUGGGCCGGCUGCGCCCCCACUUCCUGGCUGUCUGCCGCCCUGACAUGGCCCUCGUUGACUGCUCCCGGGGCUACGUGGAGGCCUACAUCUGUACCGCCAGCCCCUCAGAGGAGAAGGAAGCUAGGAAGUCAUUCUACUCAGGCCAUGCCUCCUUCGCCAUGUACACCAUGACCUACCUGGUGUUGUACAUGCAGGCACAGGGGGCGGGACGGCGGGCACCACGGGCACUGCUGCAGGCAACACUACUACUGCUGGCACUGGGCACGGGACUGACCCGCGUGGCCGAGCACCGGCACCACCCAGCUGAUGUGGCCGCUGGGCUGCUGCAGGGCAUCCUUGUUGCCACCUGGGCGUUCUGGGAGGUGAUCAGCGAUGAGCAUGGCAUUGACCCCACAGGCACCUACCACGGCGAUAGCGACCUGCAGCUGGAGCGCAUCAAUGUCUACUACAAUGAAGCCACAGGUGGGAAGUAUGUUCCCCGCGCAGUGCUGGUGGACCUGGAACCAGGCACCAUGGACUCGGUGCGCUCCGGCCCCUUUGGACAGAUCUUCCGGCCUGACAACUUUGUGUUCGGUCAAAGUGGUGCAGGCAACAACUGGGCCAAGGGACACUACACAGAAGGGGCUGAACUGGUAGACUCAGUCCUGGACGUGGUGAGGAAGGAGGCAGAAAGCUGCGACUGCCUGCAGGGCUUCCAGCUCACCCACUCGCUGGGUGGGGGCACGGGCUCAGGCAUGGGCACACUGCUCAUCAGCAAGAUCCGGGAGGAGUACCCUGACCGCAUCAUGAACACCUUCAGCGUGGUGCCCUCACCCAAGGUCUCGGAUACGGUGGUGGAGCCUUACAAUGCCACGCUGUCCGUGCACCAGCUGGUGGAGAACACGGACGAAACCUACUGUAUUGACAACGAGGCCCUGUAUGACAUCUGCUUCCGCACCCUCAAGCUCACCACGCCCACCUAUGGUGACCUCAAUCACUUGGUCUCGGCCACCAUGAGCGGCGUCACCACGUGUCUCCGUUUCCCCGGCCAGCUCAACGCCGACCUCCGCAAGUUGGCUGUCAACAUGGUCCCCUUCCCCCGACUCCACUUCUUCAUGCCUGGCUUCGCCCCACUCACCAGCCGCGGGAGCCAGCAGUACCGAGCUCUCACAGUGCCCGAGUUGACCCAGCAGAUGUUCGAUGCCAAGAACAUGAUGGCAGCUUGUGACCCCCGCCACGGGCGCUACCUCACAGUGGCAGCUGUCUUCCGGGGCCGUAUGUCCAUGAAAGAGGUGGACGAGCAGAUGCUGAAUGUCCAAAACAAGAACUCGAGCUACUUCGUGGAGUGGAUCCCCAACAAUGUCAAAACAGCAGUAUGCGACAUCCCACCGCGGGGGCUCAAGAUGGCUGCCACCUUCAUCGGCAACAGCACGGCCAUCCAGGAGCUCUUCAAGCGCAUCUCGGAGCAGUUCACGGCCAUGUUUCGCCGCAAGGCUUUCCUCCACUGGUACACAGGCGAGGGCAUGGACGAGAUGGAGUUCACGGAGGCCGAGAGCAACAUGAACGACCUGGUGUCUGAGUACCAGCAGUACCAGGAUGCCACGGCUGAGGAGGGGGAGUUUGAGGAGGAGGCAGAGGAAGAAGUGGCCUAGGAAACCCUCCCGGGGCUUCCCCUUCCUCUGUAUUCCAUCCAGCACCCAACCCAACCCAACCUGGCAUGGAUUCCCAUCUUGUAGACUUAGAAUUUGGCAAGAAUGGUGUUGCCCCAUGGUGGCAGUGUGGGGGUUAGACAAGCUGUGUGUGGUGGUGGUGGAGGGGUAUGUAGGUCUGAUGAAAAGCACUGACUCCCUUGUCCAAAAUCUUCCCUCCCUCAAUCAUCCACUCAACUCAAAAUGGCAUGGAUUCCCACCUUGUAGACCUACAGGCUGGCAAGAAUGGUGUCACCCCCUGUUGAAGGCAAAGCAGGCUGUGGGUGAUGGUAGGUGGGGCUCUAUAGGUCUAAUAGAAAACUGUCUCCUUUGUCCACUGUCUUCCCCACACGUAAUCCUACACCCUACCCAACUCAGUGAGGUAUGGAUUCCCACAUUGUACACCUAGAGUUUGGUAAGAGCAGUUCUGUCCAUUGGUGGUGGGUUGGGGGUAAGACAGGCUGUGUGCUGGGGCAGAGGGGAGGUCUCUUGGUCUGAUGGAGAGCUGCUAUCUUACACCCAACCGAAUAGGGCGUGGAGUCCCACCUUGUAGAACUAGUAUGGCCAAAGUGGUGUGACCCUGUUGGUGGCGUGGGGGUAAGAGGCCAUGUAUAAUGGCAAGGGGGCUAUAUAAGUUCAUCGGGAAGCUCGGUCUCCAUUGUCUGCUAUCAUCCCCUUCCUCCUGAGCUUGGCAAGAGUGGUGGUAAGAUGGGCCCUGUGAGAUGGGGCAGAGGGGUAUAGAUGUAAUGGAAAGCUCCUGACUCCCUUGUCCACUGUUUUUUUCCCCUACCCCCAUCCUACACCAACCUAACCCAUGGCUUGGAUUUCUGCCAUGUAGAUCUAGAGUUCACCUAGAGUGGUGCUUCUCCUGGUGUGGGGGGAAGGGGUAAGACAGGUGCGUGAUGGGGUAGGAGGGAUGUAGGGUUGAGGGGAAGCUCACACUCCCUUCUCUGCCAUCUUCCAUCCAUCUUCCUUCUAGCCCAAUGGGCAUGAGGUCCCCACACCUAGAUUUAAGGUUCACCUAAAGCUGCACUGCCCCUGGGGUGGGGUGGGGUAGCACAGUGGAAUGGCAGAGGGGAAAAGGGUGGGGGGAAUGUGGGUCUAAUGGAAAGCACUGACUCCCUUCUCUGCCCCCAUCCUACCCCAACCCAACAGACAGUCCUGGCCUGGGCUCCUACCAUGGCUGCCCCCUUCCAACAAGGAGGUGGUACAGCAGGCUGUGCUAUAAGAUGGGGGGGAUCUCAUGGAUAGCACUGCCCUUAUCUAUUUUCCCCCCCCCCCCCCCAAAUGUCCUGUCCAGUCCCCUGUGGUGUUCUCUCCUGGGGCUGAGUCUGCACUAACUCAUCCCACAUGGAUCUUUCUCUUUCUCCAUUGGCUGGGCCGGAGGGGGGGGAGGGGGUGGGAUUUGGGCUCCCACCAGGCCUGUCUGUGUGUUUCCGCAAUAAAAGUAUCAGUCAAAGAUGCCAGAA